CCCAGGCAUCCAGGCAGCCGAGAGCACGAUGGCUACUGGGGAGCUCGGGGACGUGGGCGGCUACUACUUCAGGUUCUUGCCUCAGAAAACCUUCCAGUCUCUGAGCUCUAAGGAGAUCACUAGCCGGCUCCGCCAGUGGUCCAUGCUGGGCAGAAUCAAGGCACAGGCGUUCGGCUUUGACCAGACCUUUCAGGCUUAUCGGAAGGAUGAUUUCGUCAUGGCUUUUUUCAAAGACCCAAAUGUUAUUCCCAAUUUGAAGUUACUUUCAGAUUCUUCUGGACAAUGGAUUACAUUAGGAACUGAAGUGAAAAAAAUUGAAGCUACAAAUGUUCCCUGCACACAGCUUUCAAUGUCAUUUUUUCAUCGGUUAUAUGAUGAAGAUAUUGUACGAGACAGUGGACAUAUUGUUAAAUGUUUAGAUUCUUUUUGUGAUCCAUUUCUCAUUUCUGAUGAGUUACGAAGAGUUUUGCUAGUGGAAGACUCCGAAAAAUAUGAAAUAUUCAGCCAACCAGAUAGAGAAGAGUUCCUGUUUUGUCUUUUCAAACAUCUUUGCCUUGGUGGAGCCCUUUGUCAAUAUGAAGAUGUGAUUAGCCCAUAUCUGGAAACAGCAAAGCUUAUCUAUAAGGAUCUAGUGAGUGUUCGAAAGAAUCCUCAAACCAAGAAAAUACAAAUUACCUCUUCUGUCUUUAAAGUUUCAGCCUACGAUUCUGCUGGUAUGUGCUAUCCUUCAUCUAAGAAUCAUGAACAGACAUUUUCUUACUUUAUUGUGGAUCCUAUCAGGCGCCAUCUUCAUGUUUUAUACCACUGUUAUGGUGUGGGAGACAUGUCUUAACGCUCUUUCAAAUUAUGUACCUCUACUAUUUUUUGUUUAUCAUUUUUCUCUUUUAACACUAAUAGAUAAACAUUUACUUUGCAAAUUAAUUCAAGAAAAAUGUAAGGAACCUACUUAGAGCAGAAGAAAGCAAACACCAAGAUGCCUUUUUAAAAAUUUGUGUGGAAUACUAACUGGGGAUCAAAUUUCAUCCCUAAUAAAAUCUAUACCAAAAAAAUUGUGGAAUUUUUACAAAAAGUUACAAGGAAUUCCUUGUAACUAGAAAUCUAGUUCUAAUUUGCAUUGUGAUUCAAGUGAAUCCUCGAUUUUCCAUGUAUUUUAAUUUAUAAGCUAACUAAUUCUGGAUUGCAAAUGUAGCAGAAAACUAAACAUUUCUACUACUGAUCAUUAAUAUAAAUUGUUAGUUUAUUUAACUUGUUUCAUUUAAUUUCAUUUCUUCAUUGCACAAGCAUUUACAUCUCUAAAGCUAGGAAAAGCAUAACAAUUCUUUUGCUUUAUAUGUUCCACUUAAAAGCCUCAAUAAAAAGAUAGUGUUCUGGGCCUUGGCACGGUGGCUCACGCCUGUAAUCUCAGCACUUUGGGAGGUCAAGGCGGGCGGAUUACGAGGUCAAGAGAUCAAGACAAUCCCGGCCAACAUGGUGAAACUCCGUCUCUACCAAAAGUACAAAAAUUAUCUGGGUGUGGUGGUGCGUGUCUGUAGUCCCAAAUACUCAGGAGGCUGAGGCAAGAGAAUCACUUGAACCUGGGAAGCGGAGGUUGCACUGAGCCAAGGUUGUGCCACUGCACUCUAGCCCGGCAACAGAACAAGACUCCAUCUCGAAAAAAAAAAAAAAGGUUCUGAAAGUAGUCGUAAACUCUUUUAUCACAUAAUAAAUUAAGGCUGCAGCCGUCCCACAGCUAAUACAAGAGCUACAUGUAAACAGAGAAAGUUGGCCUGAUGGUAUUAGUAGGCUGUUCAAACAGUGAGAAGCAGGUUAUCUUAGUACUGUUCCUUAUUUCAUUCAUAGAAUGAAUGUAUAACCUAGAUUUUUUUUUUUUUUUUUUUUGAUGGCAAAAAUCAUUGACAUAUAUCCCAUGGGUCAUGGGAAGCCUGUAAGAAAUGUUGAGGUUUUGAGGAGGAGCAAGUUUGAAAGAUGUGCUUCUGUGUUGUGGGAUAAAGAUGAUAAUCUUGGACUUGAACCUGGAUUUGAAUCUGGAAUGCAGCUGGCAAUUUGGGUAUAGAGCUCAGGAGAAAGAGUAUGUUUUACUUCUAAUACCUAGCACAAUGCCUUAGCAUAUUAAAUGUUUAUUGAAUGAAUAACUACUUUCCAGAUAUGCUCAUAAUACCCAUAGAUUUUUUUAAUUACAUAAAAACAUAAAAUCAAGAACUG